UUGAGCUGAGGUCGGUUCAACGCGGUUUCUGAGGCGGACUGAGGGAUGAACUUGACUCUUCUGUGAAGGUCUUUAAAGAACAGACAGAAGCCUGAAAUUAAUCCUCGUUACACAUACUUUUUUGACUACUUUAUAUAGUCUAUUGUCUACAUCAUUUUAGUAUUGUUAAAUAAUCUUUAUGGAAUUAACUGUGGGAAAGGAUUCCUUCCUGGAAUGUUUUGGCUCGCAAAAUGCGUCGUUUUGUGUAUCUUUUCUUAUUUAUUUUCGCUCCAGGUAACACACUGUUGAACUUGAAUCAAGACUGUGGAGGUAAAAUUCUUGGAGAGAGGAGUGGCUCAAUUCAGCCAAACAGCCUUUUAUUGAACAGAUUUACCAGUAACAACACAGAAAAACCGUUGGAUGUUACCUGCACUUGGAUUAUUGAUGCUUAUGAAAAUCAGACUGUUUGGAUAGAGGUCAUUUCUGUUGGGAAAGGCGCUCGUAUUGGAAUUAAAUUUGGGAAUGGGAAUACACUGAUCUAUGAAAGAGAGGAGCGGGCACAAUUCUCUGGCACUGGGAGAACCAUCAUUGAAUGGAGCUUGAGAAGGACUGAUGAAACAUUUUCCUCAUUACAUCUGAGAUGGAACACGUCAGAGGACAGUCACACUCCUGCUUUGAUUCCUUACACCCACUCUGAUGCUGACCCGGUGUCUCCCUCUCCGAAUGGCUCAAACGAUGUAACUUACACUGCUGACAUUCCAGUGAGCAGCAAUGCAGCCCCCAAAACACACACUCUCAGGGGUGAGAGUAUACAGCAGGGCGGAGGUGUGUCUGACCUGGACGAUAAGCGCAGACCCCUAUUUCCGCAGGAAAUCACCAACAAUGGACAGGAAACGGCUGGAGCCUGGAUCUCCGACCUCACACUCACUGGCACACAUUCCUAUUCUGAUACACAGACCAGCUCUGCCCUUGACACACACAUGAACACACAUACAAUGUUGUCUAAUGAACCUAUUUUGAUGCAGUCUUCUACUGAAAUCCAAUCACCAUUGGUGUCUGUACAAACUACACCCAAACAGGCAACUGAUGUGGCAAAAACAAGUGUACUCUUAACCACAAAUGAUGUUUCACACACUGAACUACAUAUAGGAAGUUCACAGCAGACACAUACACAUGCAUAUACCAAAAUACAGCCCAAAAUGACAAAAAGAGAUGAUCCAGGUUCAAUGUUUCCAACUUCCAGCUUUAUGACUAUAAGUCCGGAUUAUAUUCAGCCAUUCGACAGAACUUCUAAACACUUUCUUAGUGACAGUUCUCACAAGUCUAUAGCAACCACGGUGACGCUCCCAAAUAGGGAUGAGUUUACAAUAUCAGAGGAUGUUGGGAUGAGUCAAUUUGAUUUGAUUUUUGGGAGUUCAAACACAAUUACAGAUGACAACCAACGUAUAUCUUUAGAGGUGGACAGGACAGAUCGCUCUCCAAGGUCAACUAAUGCAGAUCAAUUAAUUACUAAUCCAACAAUCUAUGCUGAUUCAGUACUCACUACUAGUACGCCUGCAACAGUCUCAGAGUUUCCAGAUGUUAAUCAAACCCACACAUUAGCGUUUUCUGAAAGUGACAUGGCUGAAUACUCCACGUCUCCAAAUGAGACGCCAAUAAAUGUUACAGCUGAGAAUGAGCCAACAACUUCAGGCGAGUUCAUGCACUCUACAUAUAACACACUUGAGACUCCAACUUUGACAUCUUUGGAAGCAUCAACCACCCUCACCUCACACACAACCCAAAGUCAACACGAUACUAGCACCCGAGGAACCAGCUCCGCAUCUGCGUCAAUCUCGUACCAGACAUCACACAACACUAACGAAACCAGUGACUUCACCUCUUUCCCAGCUACCAUCCUUCCAGACCUGACCCCUACUGAGAGUCCUAGUACCCUAGAAAGGGACAAGGAUCUGUCACCAUCUGAAAGUGAGUGUAUCGGGCUUGCAUGCACUUUGUAUUUAGCGUCCACAGUACAAGGCAAGCAAGAACGUCCCGUCACCAGCCCUCCAUCAAUCUCUUUGUCAAGUCCUCAGAUUAGUCAUGAUGUGACUUCUGACCUCAUGGUUGAAGACAGCACUACAGUGAGAUCUGAGAACCGCACUGAUUUAGAAGAACUUGAUGGGUCUCCAUCACAAGUCCAGAAUACCAACACAACAUCAAGUAUGCCAACUGAAUUCCCUAUAUACACAUCUACACCUCCGUAUUCAACAUCUUCGGAAAACACACAGAGCAAUGUGGGAUUUUCCGACAUAACUGAUAUCAGUGAGAUGAGUAGUGGUCAAACAAUGAGUGAUCCUACUCAGACUAGAACAACAAGUUUGAAAACAAUUCUGGGCUUAUCUCCAUUUAACGACAUUCAUACUGUAUCAACAGAAAACACUAAUGGGUUUACCGCCCACACGAUCGCCACACUGAGUACUUCAUCAUUGGAAACCACAACUCCAUACAUCUCUCAGCUCAGUACAACUGUUCCAACAAGCAAAUCUGUUAGUACGACCUCUCCACAUUGGAAAACUAGCCCCCAGAUUAAUCCACAUGCCACGUCCACAGAAACUACUUCAGUCCAGGUCCAGACACACAUUCCAGUGCAUAAACCCAGCACUGUCAGACUUCUCCAAAAUAUGACCACAAGCUCUUAUCUAAUUAAAACAAAAGCACACACAGUACCUACACAAGCAGUGACUCAAACAUCUUGGAUCCGUUCUACUGCAUCCAGCUUUGACAGGAAGUGGCUACAUGCACGCCAUUAUUUUAUAGUAAAGGACCAGCCAGCAAUCAUCAAGGAAAAAACAUUUCAAGUACUCUUACAGAUUGUUCUGGAAGGAGAUUAUGCCCCUAGCAUGAGGUUACUUGAGGUGGAGACAUUUCUGCACAACCUUUCUGGAUUUCAGAAUCAACAUGUAACCUGGCACAGUGGCCCAGUUCUGCAAACACUAGUGCAGUUCCAAACAGUGGAAGCACUCUCCUGGCUGGAAAGGGUGGAGUCUCUGUUACAAGAGGCGGGGUUAAACCCACUGCCAAAGAAAGGAAUACUUGUGGGGGGAGUUAAAGUGAAGAAUAUUACUGUGGGAGGUUUGCAGACAGAUGUUUGUGAAUGGUUGUUUGAAUGUCCAUCUGGUUUCCAGUGUGUUUCUUCAAAGGGCAAUGCCACCUGUACAUCUGUGUGCCACUCUGAAUACUGCAAACAUCAUGGCAUCUGUGUCCAUCACCUCGGGCAACAGCCUAUUUGCCAGUGUCCUGUUGGGGAAGAUUACUGGUUUAUGGGCCAGCGCUGUGACCUGCGCAUGACCCGGCCACGUUUGGUGGGCGUGUGCUUUGGAGUACUGGUUGCUGUCGCAGCAAUCAUGGCUCUUCUGUCUUAUCUCACAGUGCGCCGCUUUAAAACUAUGCUAAUGCAAGCCAAAGUGGAACAAACACGCAGCAGUUAUCGCAGGUUUAAUCACUUUGAUGAGCUUUCGGCUCGUUUUUGGGGAAGGUCCUGGCCAGGCUCUGCGGACUCGUUGGAUAACCCUGCCUACACCCGUUCUGAUGAAUUACUACACAUGAGAGCACUUGACCGUACCUGCUGUUACCAUGAUGAUACUCUUUCUGUGGUAUCCACAUACCACGGUAGUGGAACACACCUCAACACCAUAUAUCCUCACGGUUCUCAGUAUGGUUGGGAUCUCAGCAACUGCAGCUUGGCGGAUGGCGUGGUGGAUUCUGGGAAGGCUAGUGAUCUGUCAGUCUGUAGCUGGCCAAUCGAGCCGAUUCAAUGGACCCCAUUCCCUUUGCUGCAGCAGCUCAACAGGAAUAGCACCACAGUGAAAGCGUCCCGUCCACGCUCUUACUGUGAAGGCAUGGAACUUGUAGAUUUAGAGAAGAGCUGGACAGCUUAAAGGAGAUUCUCAGGAAACCCAACAAGCUCUGGUCAAGUGAGAGAUUAUUUCAUCUGUUUCAGGAACACCGUUGUUGUGCCAAAAAUAAAAAAAAAUGUUUUAACUGAAAAAAGUC